AUGGCUGGUGAACACUCGAGCCGCAGCAGCAGCAGCAUGGCAGCAGCCCCACCCCACGAUGUCCGAAAGCGCUGUCUGGAACCAAAGGGCCACUCACUAAAGUUGCUGAACCGGCGGAAUCAGAACUUUCCUGCUCUCGGGGCUCUGCCCUUCUUGCAGCCCAGAGCCCGAGACCUUCUCCUUGCGCCGCCCGGCAGCCCCGGCUCCGUCCCUGGGACCUCGGCUCCUCCACUUCACGGGGAUGGGUUCCCCGCCGCGCUCCAGGUGACCGUCUCCGGCGUUCCCUGGGCCGCGCCCAUCCCGCCCUUCCAGGCGCGGGCGUCCCUUGAGCCCCAUCCCAGCUUCCCGAUCACCCGGGAGCCUCCUGGACCUCCCUCCACGUCUGUCAGCCAGUCAGCCACAGGCAUUUAUCGCGCUGGGCCCUGGGGACAUUACUGGGGGCAACGGCCCCUUUGGAUUGAGGUGCCCUUCUGGGCCCUCAAACCUGGCCAAGACUCGCAUUAUCAACUCCCCUUUCAAGCUUUCUCUCCUCCACUCUUUCUUCUGCCGGUACCUGAGCUACCCCGCCCUGCUGAGGAUCUGUCCAUUGCCCCAGAUGGAAGAAAAUCAGUGUGGACGCUGACAAGGGGCUCCAAUUGCCAGACACUGUCCUUCCUGAACCUGGUGGAUGAAGUGCUGGCACCUCUCAUGGAGCCCCUUACCCCACCUCCACCUUCUCCCAGGACCCCCUCCCCCAGGGCCCAGCCCAGUCCUGAUCCUGGCUGCAGGCUGCUGGGACUGAAAGUCUGUUGGCAGCUUUCUGUCCUGACUGAGGGGGACUGUGGGGCCCCCCGGCUUGACGAGGCCAAUGCCUUCCCCUUGCCAUUGUUAUUUCUUUCUCUUUUCAGCCCGUGUCUCUCCUGGAAAAGAAUCCUGUGCAUCUUUUUCCUACCAUUUAUCUUAUCAGGUUUUCCUCCUCGAGUGAAACAUAAAAAGAAUCUUAUAUCUGGAAACGCGUGGCCUCAGCCACUCCAGUUUAAUUGGUCUCAUCUGACCCCUCUCGAGCUGAAGGACCGAUCUGUGGGACUUCAGACUAAAAGCACAGUUGGGAGUAAUCCGUACUUCACCCUGGAGGGUGACAAGUUCCUGAUCUUAGGGGGCUCCAUCCACUAUUUCCGAGUGCCCAGGGAGUACUGGAGGGACCGCCUCCUGAAGCUGAAAGCCUGUGGCUUCAACACUGUCACCACCUACGUUCCGUGGAACCUCCAUGAGCCAGAAAGAGGCAGAUUUGACUUCUCUGGGAACCUGGACCUGGAGGCCUUUGUCCUGACUGCUGCGGAGAUCGGGCUGUGGGUGAUUCUGCGUCCAGGCCCCUACAUCUGCAGUGAGAUCGACCUCGGGGGCUUGCCCAGCUGGUUACUGCAAGACCCCAAGUUGAAACUGAGAACCACCGACAAGGGCUUCAUUGAAGCAGUUGAUAAGUAUUUUGAUCAUCUGAUUUCCAGAGUGGUUCCUCUCCAGUAUCGCAAGGGAGGCCCCAUCAUUGCAGUGCAGGUGGAGAAUGAAUAUGGUUCAUUCGAUAAGGAUAAAGACUACAUGCCCUAUGUUCAAAAGGCCUUGCUGAAAAGAGGAAUUGUGGAGCUGCCCUUGACCUCGGAUAAUACGAAAGAUGUGGUAAAAGGCUACAUAAAAGGAGUGCUAGCCACCAUCAAUAUGAAAACAUUUCAGAAGGAUGCUUUCCAGCGCCUUUAUAAGGUACAGAGCAAUAAGCCUAUUAUGAUUAUGGAAUAUUGGGUCGGCUGGUUCGACACAUGGGGAAGUAAACAUGUGGUUAGAGAUGCGGAUGAUGUUGAAAAAACUGUGUCUGAAUUUAUCAAAUUUGAGAUCUCCUUCAAUGUAUAUAUGUUCCAUGGUGGAACCAACUUCGGUUUCAUAAACGGGGCCACAAAUUUUGUGAAGCACAGUGGUGUCGUCACUAGCUAUGACUAUGAUGCUGUGCUGACAGAGGCUGGGGACUACACAGAAAAAUAUUUCAAGCUUCGAAAACUCUUUGGAUCCAUCUUGGCAAUUCCCCUGCCCCCCUUACCUGCGCUCACUCCUAAGGCUGUGUAUCCCUCUAUGAGAUCAUCCCUUUACUUGCCGCUGUGGGAUGUCCUACAGUACUUAAAUGAGCCAGUCAUAUCUAAUAUACCAGUCAACAUGGAGAAUCUUCCUAUAAACAAUGGAAAUGGUCAGUCCUAUGGAUUAGUACUCUAUGAGACUUCCAUCUGCUCUGGAGGUCAGCUCCAUGCUGAUGUUCACGAUACAGCACAGGUGUUUUUGAAUGAGACAAGAAUAGGAAUCCUGUAUGAUAAUACUCAGAACUUGAACAUUCCUGAAGUCAGGGAAUGUCAGCUUUUAAGGAUCCUGGUGGAGAAUCAAGGACGAGUCAAUUUUUCAUGGAAAAUUCAAUAUCAGCAGAAAGGAUUAACUGGAUCUGUUACCAUCAAUAAUGUUCCCCUGGAGGGUUUCACUAUCUAUUCUCUGGAAAUGAAAAUGAGCUUCUUCAAGAGGCUUCGCUCUGCCACCUGGAGGCCUGUCCCAAAUAGCUAUUCGGGCCCUGCCUUCUACCUUGCUACCUUGAAGGCUGGCUCUUCUCCCAAGGACACCUUCCUGAGACUACUGAGCUGGAAUUAUGGAUUUGUGUUCAUCAAUGGACGUAACCUUGGACGAUAUUGGAUUAUUGGGCCUCAAGAAACACUUUACCUUCCUGGUGCCUGGCUUCAUCCAGAAGACAAUGAGAUCAUUCUGUUUGAGAAAAUAAAGAGUGGUUCAGACAUCGAAACUACAGACCAACCCAAGUUGUAAGACUGUGUUAUAACACAUUUCUUGGAUUGUUGGAGUUCAUCUACAAGCAAUUUUUCGGGAGGAAGAAUGUCAAGAAUAUCAAACAAAGUGUUCCUUACAAUAGCAAAAAUGUGAAAAUACCUAAAAAAUCAACAGGGAAAUUGUUAUGUAUACCAUAGUAUAUCCAUAUGAUGCCUAUUUUUAGUCUUUAAAAAGUCUUCAAAAUCUUCAGUGACUGAUUUACCUAGUUAAAUGUUUAAUCCUUAGCAGGUUCUUCUCUAAUCAAAUGUGCCUUUAGGCAGAUAUGAAUAAAAUAAAAACCAAAUUUUA